AUGGGCCUCCAGCUCCCAGCGGGGGCCCAUGUAUCCCAGACGAUUCUCGUGCUCGCGUUGCACAUGUACCGUACCACGCUGUGUGCCCAGUUCGCCGACCCCAUUCCUCCUCUUUUCCCCACUUGCCGUCGCCGACUCGCCGUCGACGCCGACGGAGACGAGGGUUUCGGCAGCUCACGUCUCCCGCUCUCUCCGGCGCUUCCGGUUGUAUCGGGGCCUCUCCUCCCGCGGCAGGCUGGAGGCUAUGGCGCUGGCGCUCGACAAUUUCUGCGUGAGUUAGAGCCGGAUUCAGAGGUGUCCUUUGGUAAUACAUGGAACUGGAGAUUUAUAUUUGGGUUGUUUGGUCGUUUGGUCGUUUGGUCAUCUUAUAUAAAAAUACAUAUACAUGGAGCUUUGCAGGACACGUACUCCAUGGAGAUUGCAGAGGGCACAAGGAAACGGACCCGUGCAAGCGAUGGCGGUGGCGAAAGCUCCACCGGUGGCCCGGACCGGCUGAGCGCUCUACCAGACUGCCUCCUCCACGUCAUCAUGUCCUCCCUCAAGGCUCGACAGGUGGUGCAGACGUGCGUACUGUCAACACGCUGGAAGCACCUCUGGCGCUCUGUGCCGUGCCUCGACAUCGACAUUGUUGAGUUCAGGACCAAGGCGGCGGCGCCUGCCUCCAGCAGUGGCGGCAGCGACAGCAGCUCUGACUCUGAUGACUCCGACUCCGACUUGGGCAGCAACCAGGACAAGGGCAAAGGGUGGGACGAAUUUGAGGAUUUCACCAUCAACCUCAUGCUCCGUUGCAACAUCGCACUGCUGGAUUCAUUCAGGCUGGACAUUGAUAGGGGCUGCAGACCUCAGACCUAUGUUUGCUCUGACAGUGCAAUACAAGGCUGGGAAUACAGCGGCCGACAAGCAGCAGCAUGGCUCCGACGUGCGAUGAAAUACUGCACACCAGGACCAGGUCAUGCCAUCAGUUGUCAGCAUCAGGGAUUGAAUCUGAGCCCCAGUUCUUGGCGCCUCAGAAGGCUGCAUCUCUGCCACGUGCCUCUGGACAAUCGUUUCGCGGAGCAUCUUAGCUCAGUGUGCUGCUCUUUGGAGGAUUUGGAGCUGGACCAUUGCACCUGUGAGAUCCGUUCGAUCGCCUCUGACUCGCUCCAGAACUUAGUUUUGAAAAGUUGCUCAUGGGGUGGAUUCCUCUCCGACAUUGCAUCCCCAACAUUGAAGACCUUGAUUAUCGAUGGCGGCUCCAAUUGGUAUGGCGACCUGCUGGCUAUCUCAGCCCCCAUGGUUGCCUAUCUACGCCUAGAUGUGGAUGGUGUCUGCUUCCGUGGAGGUAUUUCGAUAAAUGAGAUGCCAUCCCUUGACAGGGCUUCGAUUCAUCUACGCCACAAAUACAGUUUUUGUCCAAAAGUGCUCGGUAAGGAACACACAUUCCUGGAAUUCCAGAACCUGAGGAACUUGCUGCUGGACGACUGUGAUCUCAGUGAUGACUUCCGCAUAUUGCGAUUCUUUCAUCGGGGUUCACCUAAUCUAGAGAAGGUCACUUUGCGGCACUGCAAGUUCCCAGGUGAUUCUGAGGACAAGGAAGGAACGCUCAAACUGGACAAGACCUCAUCUUCUGGUUGCUGCUGUGGCCUGGACUUCCUACGUGAUGCGAACGUCGAGCUUGAAAUCAUACAUAAAGAUGGUGAUGCCUGUCGAUCUGCUUGCGAGCUUGUGCGCCACCUACCAAAUCUCAAAGGUACAACUGAUGCUGUUCCUGACGCUGCUGCUGCUCCUGCUGAACAUCCUGUGCCUCAUUCAACUGGAGUUGGGCCUCGUCGGGGAACUCGGCGCAGGAUGACCAGCGUGCGCGUCUCGGGACCAGAAUGGGAAUGGCCCAUGUAA